AUGCUAUUGCCUGAAGUUGCAGAGAAGUUCCAGUCACUCGGAUAUACAGCACUUGUUUACGAUCCGCGGAGUAUCGACGACAGCGACGGUCUUCCUCGAAAUCAAAUCGACCCUCUCAAGCAAAUUGAAGACCUUGCCGACAUUGUGACCUAUGUAACUAUGCUACCCAGUGUCGAUCCGCGUCUCAUAUCACUUUGGGGCAUGUCAUUCGGGGGGACCAUUAGUGCAUGCGCCGCUGCCGUUGAUCGUCGAGUGAAAGCACUGGUCAUGGUCUGCCCUAUUCUGAGCUUCUUCAACCCGCAAAAGCGUGAAAAGGCCUUUGCGCAAUUGAUCAAAGACCGGCAGUCCCAGCUGCGUGGUAAUGAAGCCUUCACCCUUCCGCCAUUCAACAGUAAGGGCGAGAAUCCGAUUGGAAUGGCCGGGUCGGGUGGCCCGGGCGGAGUUGAAGCCUACGGAUUCAUGAAUGCCGUUCUCGAUCGGGGUGCGCCAAAUUUCCGAAACCGCAUUACCCUCCAGAGUUAUUACAAAUUAGCCAUGUGGCAGCUCAAGGAGUUGCUUAAAUUGGUUGAUGUCACCCCUGUCAUGAUGGUUACGCCGGAGCUCGAUGCCAUGUCACCUCCGAAUGAGCAACUUAAAGCUUUUGAAAAAUUUCAGCAACCAAAGUGA